GGACCGUCACUGUAAUUCUCUCGCGCAUGUGACUGUCGAGCAAGUUAGGGUUUUUGCUACCGUGGUUCCAAAACAACAUUGCGAAGGCGUGCACGGGUCUUUUCCGAAGUUCUGAGCUCGAUCUGUUCCUCAGCACUGCUCGUUGCAUCCCUCCAAUUUCCGCCCAGCUGACAAUGGCGGAUAGCACCGCACCACCGGUGCGUUCUUUCGCCCAAGCGGCAGCGACCGAAGAAACUGUUGUUCCUCUCCGUGUCGUCCAGAUCGAUGGCCUGGUAGUGCUGAAGAUCGUGAAACACUGCAAGGAAUGUAUGCCAGCGCUUGUUACUGGCCAGCUACUCGGUCUCGAUAUUGGAAGCAUACUGGAAGUCACCAACUGCUUUCCAUUUCCGAGCCGAGGAGGUGAGGAGGAAGAUGAGGUGGAAGCAGAUGGUGCUAAUUACCAGCUUGAGAUGAUGCGCUGCCUACGGGAGGUCAACGUGGACAACAACACCGUUGGAUGGUAUCAGUCGACUUACAUGGGCUCCUACCAAACCGUUGAGCUUAUAGAGACUUUCUUGAACUACCAGGAGAACAUCAAGAGAUGCGUCUGCAUCAUUUAUGACCCGCUGAGAUCCUCCCAAGGCAUCGUCGCCUUAAAGGCUCUUCGUCUAACUGAUGCUUUUAUGGAGUUAUACCGCACAGAGAAUUUCAAGGGAGAAAAGUUGCGGGAGAAGAAUAUGACAUGGACAGAUAUUUUCGAGGAGAUUCCAGUCAAAAUCUCCAACUCAUCCCUUGUUAGCGCUGUCAUGACAGAGCUGGAGACAGAUGCUCCUGCAACCCAGUGUGACUUCGACCGGUUGGUACUUUCCACAAAUCCAUUCAUGGAGAAGAACUUGGAGUUCUUGAUCGAAUGCAUGGACGACUUGGGGAUGGAGCAACAAAAGUUCCAAUAUUAUUACCGGAACUUGUCAAGACAACAGGGUCAGCAGCAAGCAUGGUUGCAAAAGAGAAGGGCAGAGAACAUGGCUAGGAGAGCAUCGGGUGAAGAGCCCUUGCCAGAGGAAGAUUCAAACAACCCGCUGUUUAAACCAAUUCCUGAGCCUUCUCGUCUCGACAGCUAUCUGAUCACGAAUCAGGUUAACAACUAUUGCAAUCAGAUCAAUGGGUUCGCCGCCCAAAGUCUAAGCAAAAUCUAUCUCAUGGAUGCCCUCCACGAAUGAAUUGGGAGCUUCGGGAGCUUUACACUUCAUAUGCAAGAGGUGUUUGAAUUGACGCCAUCAAUUUCAUGGCAUCUGGAACAAGAACUCUCUUGCUAGUCUUUAUCAACAUUGCAGAGUUUUUUCGACUCUACAUUUUGAUACUCAGCUGAUCCCAAUCUGCAGUAUUUCAUUUUUGUACAUCUAGAUAUUUGCCGGAUUGUUCCUAUGGGUGUGCAUUGCCAGUGUUGGUUACACACCUGCUUAGAGUGCAGACACGGGGUAUAGUUGUAAUCACAUGGAUAUUUCAAGAGUAGACCCUCCAUUACAAAAUGUAGUUGAUGGAUGCCAACUGAUCAUCUUGGUUUUACAGUCGUUUCAUUCCCAUUUUUCUGUGUCCAUGAAUCCGUGGUCUCACGUUGAAUUGAUUUCAAAUUGCGGCUGAUAUGGUGCCAGUAAGCAUUCUUAUGGAGGUUGUCACCGAAUCGGAACGUGGGUGAAGUGAAAUAGAGAACAGCGAGAGUAAUCUCCUUCUUAGUCCUGAAAGUAGUUUUGGAGGUCAUGUACAUGAUUUUGACGGAAUUGGUGUAGUCCAAAGCCAUUUCAUCGAAGCGUAGGUUGGAGCUUCGUACUUUGCGUUAAUAGAUUUUCAGUAUUAUCUGGUCGAGAGAUGUGGUUUUGUGAGUUUGAAUACG